AUGCAGGAGGUGUAUGGUAGCAGCACAAGCCCAGCAUAUGAGAAACCAGCUGAGUCUGCCUCAUCUUUAUGUGCUAGUUGUCUGCUGCAUAAAAAGAUGGCCUAUCACAAAGUGAAUGCAGACCAGAGAGCACAGGGGCACUCCCCGUACCUUGACAACGAUGACCUCCAAGCCACAGCACUGGAACUGGAAUGGGACAUGGAAAAAGAGCUGGAGGAACCUGGUUUUGAUCAUUUCCGAUUGGAUGGUGCAAUCCAGCAUCACCGAGGAAACUCACAGAGCCCUGACCUUGAUCUUGAGCCCAUCCAGCCAUCAUCUUCUCCAAAGGGAAGAUUCCAGCGGCUCCAGGAAGACCCUGAGUACAUCUCACACUAUACGAGACAGGCACCAAAGAGCAACCGCUGCAAUUUCUAUCAGAUACUGAAAGUAUUUUGCACUGCUUUGAUUUUAUUUAUUUUUGGAAUUGUAAUAGGAUAUUAUGCACACAAGAAAUGCCUUUCUCCCCCAACAUCUCACGAAGCAAGUAACCUUCAUAUCUACCGUGAAAUUCUCAAGGACAUCAAAGCUGAAAACAUUCAACAGAUUUACAGAGAUUUGUUACAGUUCCCUAGAGAAGAUGAUGUAGACAUUGCAAUGAAAAUUCUGGUUCAAUGGACUUCCCAAAGCCUUGAAGAUGUCCAGGUGGUAAAUUACUCUGUUUUGCUUGACCUACCUGGCUCUUCUUCAAACACAGUAACUCUGAAAAACAGUGGUGAAUGCUUUUAUCCUAGUGGACAACAGUGCAACAGAGAGACCAAAAUGCUACAUGGCCACGACCUUCUCUACUCAUAUGCAGCGUACUCUGCCAAAGGAACUCUUGAGGCUGAGCUUGUUGAUGUGCAGUAUGGGACUGUGGAAGACUUGAUCCGGAUUCAAGCCAUUACAAAUGUGACCAAAAAAAUUGCACUUUUGAAGCUGGGACAAUCACCUUUGCUUUAUAAGCUUUCUCUUUUAGAAGAUGCUGGGUUUGGUGGUGCUCUUCUUUAUGUUGAUCCUUGUGACUUACCAAAGACUACAGAUCUCGCUGACAAAGCUUUUAUGGUUUCAUUGAACAGUGGAGGAGAUCCAUCAACACCAGGUUAUGCCAGUAUUGAUGGAAGUUACAGACAAAAUCGACCGAACCUCACAACACUGUUGGUACAACCAAUUUCUGCAGUGCUUGCCAAAAAACUCAUUUCCUUACCUGAGGAGACUGUCCAAAAUGAUAGGUGUAUACCCCUCCAAAUGCCAGCUACAGGCAAAAAAAUAAUCAGUCUGAAUAUUCAAUCAAUCACAACUUACAAGACAAUUUCUAAUGUUAUUGGAUAUUUAAAAGGAACUGUUUUUCCUGGUAAGUAG